AUAACCAGCUGAGCGUAUUUAAUCCAUUUAUUGGGACCCACCUUAACUGAUGUUUUUGCUGUGAGAGAGAGGGGGAGGAGUUGCACAGCACUUUAAACUGAACUCGAAGCAAUCAAAGCACAAGGCGAAUAGUAUUUAACGUUUUAUUGUAAAACUAGCUUAAUUUAUGUAUGUAUUAUAUUUUCUGUGGUUUGUUGUGAAAACGGGAUGUGACAUGCCCACAGGAGGAAACUUUAUGCGUUUUUCAGAAGCUGUAGAUGGAAAAAGAAUUUAAACAUCUUUGUUUAGUGGGGACGGAAGCACAGUAUCUCACAACGUCGCUUCAAAGAGUCCUGAGGAGGAGAGAAACUUAGCAGUCAUUUUUUUUUAUCAUUACAACGUGCCACUGAAAGAAAAUGCCAGCAGACUCUCAAGAGGAUUUGGCAACUCUAUCUGAUCUGGAUGAGAAAAGCUUGUUGGAAUCUCUAAGUAAUCGAUUUCAGCAAAAUCACAUAUAUACAUACAUUGGGGAUAUCUUGGUAGCCAUAAAUCCAUUUAAAUAUCUUCCACUCUAUGAAAAAGCGGUAUCGGAAAAAUAUAAAAACCAUGAAAAAAGCUCUUUGCCUCCCCAUAUUUUUGCUAUCGCUGACAGAUCUUACCAGUCCAUGCUAGGAAGGCUGGCAACUGGACCCAAAAACCAAUGUAUUGUUAUCAGUGGCGAGAGUGGCGCAGGGAAGACGGAAAGCACCAAGCAUCUGCUGAGACACCUCAUGGAGCUGUGCAAAGCCAACUCUCAGCUGGAGCAGCAGAUCCUCCAGGUCAAUCCCCUGCUGGAAGCGUUUGGUAACGCUCAGACUGUCAUGAAUGACAACAGCAGCAGAUUUGGAAAGUACAUUCAACUCCGUUUCCAGAGCGCGUCAGUAAAGGGUGCCAAAAUCAAUGAAUACUUGCUGGAGAAAUCGCGUGUGGUACAUCAGGAUGAGGGGGAAAGAAAUUUUCACAUCUUCUACUGCAUGUUGGCUGGGACUUCCAAAGAAGAUAAGGAAAUCUAUGGACUCUUGGAUCCAACCCAGUACAGAUAUCUUAAUGGCCAAUACGGCACAGAGGAGAUGGUGAGCUACUGGAGUAAAAAGUACAGUGAGGUGUGCAAUGCUAUGGAUAUGGUUGGAUUCGAAGAACAGGAGCAAGUGGACAUGAUGACAAUCCUGGCUGGGAUCUUGUCUCUAGGGAACAUUAUGUUUGAGCCACAGGACAAUGAGAUGCUGAAAGUUACAGCAAAGUCUGUUGGUUGGCUCAAAGCUGCUGCAGGACAGUUUGGGGUCCAGGAAGAGGAACUGCUGAAAAGCCUGAUUUGCACUAUGUCAGUUACUAGAGGGGAGUCCAUUCGCAGGUACCACAAUCAACAGCAAGCCGAAGACGCACGCGAUUCCAUUGCCAAAGUAGCCUACGGUAGAGUGUUUGGCUGGAUUGUGAGUAAAAUCAAUGAACUUCUGGCCCCCAAUGUGGAUUCUAAUGUAGAGCUAAUGGAAAUAGGAAUCUUGGACAUCUUCGGAUUUGAGAAUUUUGCUGUGAACCGCUAUGAACAGCUAUGCAUUAACCUUGCAAAUGAACAGCUGCAGUAUUUCUUUAACCAUCACAUCUUUUUAAUGGAGCAAAAUGCAUAUAAAGAGGAGAACAUUAAAUGGAGCACAAUUGAAUUUAAAGACAACAAACCCAUCCUGGAACUUUUCUUGGCAAAGCCUUUUGGGAUUUUCUCUCUGCUGGAUGAGCAAAGUACAUUUCCUCAGGCAACAGACAGUAAUUUUGUUGACAAGCUCAACGGCAAAUUCAAGGGGAACCCACACUACGAAAUUGUCAGAGGUCAUAACCCUCUGUUCACGGUUGUGCACUAUGCUGGAAAGGUUCAGUAUAAUGCCAGCGGAUUUUUGGAAAAAAACCGGGACACGAUCCCAGCCAGUAUCCGGGGGCUAUUUAUCAACAGUGUUACACCCUUGCUCAGCGUGCUUUUUGCAGCUACAAUAUCCAGAACUGGCACAUUAAUGCCACAACGAAGAGCCAAGGUCUUGCAGGCUGCAGAAGACAAUUUUAACUCGACCAGAAAGCAAUCUGUAGGUGCCCAGUUCAAGCAUUCUUUGGCUGUGUUGAUGGAGAAAAUGUUUGCAGCGAAUCCACAUUUUGUUCGGUGCAUAAAACCAAACACAAACAAGCUGCCAGAUAAAAUGGACCCAAAGAUUUUAAUGGACCAGUUGAGGUAUAAUGGCUUAUUGGAGACCAUUCGCAUAAGGAGAGAUGGAUUUUCCUGGCGGCCCUCCUUUGAGGAAUUUGUAAAAAGGUACGGCAUUCUCCUGAUUAAGCCAGAUCUGCCUUUAAACAAAGAAAGCUGUUUACAGAUUCUGAAUACCACUGACCUCAAAGACUGGAAAUGUGGAUCCUCACGGCUGUUCUUUAAAUAUUGGCACCAAGAGCAGCUGACUAAACUCUUAGACAGACUGGAAAAGGCAGCCAUAGUCAUCCAGAAAAAUGUCCGUGCAACGAGAGGCCGGAGGAGGUACAUCGCGCUCCAGGCUGAGCUGCGCAAGCAGAGGCAGCUGCAGCUGGAGAGGGAGGAGGAGCAGCGGAGGCAACAGCAGCAGCAGCAACAGCAGGAGGAGGAGGAGAUGAAGAGACAGCUGGAGAUGGAGCAGGAGAAUCACAGACCACCUGUGCCUUUGCCAAGAACGAAAAAGCCUCACCCUCAGCCCAGACCACGCACCAUUUUAGUGGAGGACAACAUACCUCCCCUGCAUCCUCCAGUGCCCAGGCCUCGCAGCAGACAAUUUAUGGCCACACCAUUUGACAAUGACCUGAAUAUAAAGAAUGGUUUUGUCACACUGGGAAACACUGAAGUAGAGGAAGCAGCGACAGAGCGACAGAUUAAAAAGAAGAACACCAUCCGAUGGUUUAAGGAGACGCAGGCCAGGAAGGUGGUCAGAAACGGAACCUUUCCAAACUGGUUUCAUGGCAUGAUUACACGCAGACAAGCUGAAGAUUUCAUUGCUGAUAAGCCCCUUGGCUGUUUCUUGAUUCGUGUUGGCCAGAGUCGAGAAGGAUACACAUUAACGUACAGGGGUAAAGACCGUUGCCGACACUACAUGAUUGAGAUGCAGACGAACGGCAAGUAUGUCAUACUUGGAGAAGACCGGGCCCAUGCCUCCUUGCCCGACUUGGUGGAGUACCACAAGAACGUUGGCAUCAAACCCUUCAUGGAGCUGCUCACGGUGCCCUGUGGACAGAUAUGCGAGCAGGAGCCUGACUAUGAGGAGCUGAAGAACCUCAUGCUGAAGCCCUGCUCACAGGCUGACGGAGGCCAUGACAGCUCGGACGAGUCUGUGUCUGACCGUGGCCACCUUGAGCUCCUAAAACUCUUUAUUCCUCCCAAUCCAACCCACACAUUAGAGGCCCAAGUGCCCCCGGUACUGAAAAAAAUUUCAGAGAGGAAGCUCCGGACUGAAGCUCAGGAAAUCCAGAAAAAUGUGACUGGAGGCCAGGAAGCAAAUGAUGACCAGAGUAACAAGAGUAAUCGCCCCUUCCCUCGCUUGUAUCCAUCUAUCCGCCUUGCCAUGAGAGAGAUUCAGCAGGUCCAACAGCACUUUUCUGACUGCAAGAAAGAUCUAGAGGUGAAACAUUCCAGUCACAAUUCCUAGCAUAACAAAUAAAGACUCCUAACACAAAAGCAAACUUUUAAACCUCCAGAUGAACAUGCACUUUUUACAGUAGUAUGAAACAGGGCAGGGAAUUAUUUGAAUGUGAAUUACAGAAAUCUAUUAGCUGACCCUGAUUUUAAGGUUAUCUCAUGUCAUAGUUGUAUGUUUUGUAAGUUCCUGUGUAUAUGUAAGUUUGAAUUCUGUACUUAGUGAAUAAAACCUUUUUUGUAUUAUA